GUUAGAUUAAGCGAUGAAUUGCUAUAAGAAUUGUGUGCACAGUAUAUACAGAACGCAAUGAGUGAAUGACCCCUACAUUUGGCGUAACUAUUGAUGAAAAGAAAACAACAAUUAUUUUUGUUGUGAAUCUGUCUCUAAAUUGUAUUGAAUUCAACGCUUAAUCCCAAUCAUUGAAAGCAUUGGUUGAAUGAAUCGUUAGACCGAAAGUGAAAUCCAAAUAAUUGAUAGAAAUAAUGGCAGAACUGUUGCAAAGAUUUAGCGGAAAUCCGUUCACAACAACUGUUGGGCAAAAAAUCGAACAGGCAACUGAUCCCUCGCUGGCCUCUGAGAACUGGGCCCUCAAUAUGGAAAUAUGCGAUCACAUCAACGAUACAGACGAGGGGCCACGAGAUGCUGUUCGAGCCAUUAGAAAGCGAUUGCAACAAAACUCGGGCAAAAACUUUACUGUCAUUAUGUUUACUCUAACGGUGUUAAGUCUAAUCCAGAGUUGGGCGCAGGCUUUUAGAGGGCAGACAGAACUGCAAGGAGUGGUUCAGGUGUACAGCGAACUCAAAAGUAAAGGCAUUGAAUUCCCGGCCGCCGAUACCGAGACUAUGGCUCCCAUACAUACACCACAAAGAGGCAAAUCUGCGACAUCUCAUUCUUCCGAGUCAUCGGUUCCAUUGCCGAGCGCGGCAUCAGUGGGUGCUGUGGCGGCGGCCGCCAGUAUUCAGGCCCAGCAGCCGAAGACAGCGUCGGGCGCGAGGCGUGCGGUCGCGGGACCGAUGCAGUUGAGUCCGGAACAGUUGGCCAAACUUCGGAGUGAACUCGACAUCGAACAAAUUAGUGAUUUAUUUAGUUAG